AUGUCCAAGUCCCUUGGCAAUGUGAUUGACCCUCUUGAGGUUAUGUCGGGUAUCGGCCUCCCUGAGCUACUGGAGAAGCUGAAGCAUGGUAACUUGCCUGAGAGGGAGAUCAAGAAGGCUAUGAAGGGCCAGGAGAAGGAUUUCCCUGAUGGAAUUCCUGAGUGUGGUUCUGAUGCUCUGAGAUUCGGUCUGCUGGCUUACACCGGCCAGGCUCGGAGUAUUAACCUCGACAUCAACAGAGUAGUAUCCUAUCGAUACUUCUGCAAUAAAUUGUGGAAUGUAAUGAAGUUUGCUCUGCCUAACUUCGGGGAGAGCUUCAAGUCCAGAGGUCUACCUCUCGAUGCUAAACUUGAGUGGGAGGACAAGUGGGUCCUUUCAAGGCUCUCGGAUGCUGCGGGUGCUGCGAACAAGGGUAUGAAGGAGUUCAACUUCA